CGCCAAUCAAACUCCCAUUCCACAAUAUUACUCACACACAGUCAAAGACCUGAUUGAUGCUAUAAGAAUCAAAGCGUCAUCGCUGUCUCCCUCUCAUUCCCCUCUUCUUUCUUCUCUCAAGAAUGGAGCUUUUAGCAGCAGUUGUUCAGCAAUUCACACACGCGGCAGAACCCUUCAUCUGGGCACCUGUAUUAUCGACAAUAUUCACAAUUUUAGCAGUUGUAGCAGGAUUCUUGGUCUACUUCUAUGAACCUUAUUGGGGUGUUAGAAAAGUGCCUGGCCCUCCCGCAAUGCCCUUACUCGGACACCUUCCUUUGCUUGCUAAGUAUGGCCCUGACCUCUUCUCCAUUCUUGCCAAGCAAUAUGGUCCUAUUUUCAGGUUUCACAUGGGCAGACAACCACUAGUAAUUGUAGCAGAUGCAGAACUCUGCAGGGAAGUUGGUAUAAAGCAAUUCAAGUACAUCUCCAACAGAAGCAUCCCAUCUCCUAUAGCUGCCUCCCCUCUUCAUCAGAAAGGCCUAUUCUUCACUAGGGAUGCUAGAUGGUCGACGAUGCGAAACACAAUACUAUCUGUUUACCAGCCAUCUCAUCUUGCCAAGCUGGUUCCUACCAUGCAAGAAUUCAUUGAAUCUGCUACUCAAAAUCUUGAUUCUAAAGAAUUUACUUUUUCUGACCUCUCCCUCAAAUUAGCCACGGAUGUGAUUGGACAAGCUGCGUUCGGGGUGGAUUUUGGCCUCUCCAAGACAAAAUCAGGCCAUGGUUCUCUCAAUGAAGUGUUUAGUAAACGUGAAAAUGAUCAGGUCCAAGAAUUCAUCAAUCAGCACAUUUAUGCUACGACGCAGCUUAAGAUGGAUUUAUCUGGCUCACUUUCAAUCAUAUUAGGCCUGCUCAUUCCUAUUGUCCAGGAACCAUUCCGCCAGAUUCUCAAGAGAAUACCAGGCACAAUGGACUGCAAAGUUGAUCGAACGAACCAGAAUUUGAGUCACCGUCUUGAUGAGAUUGUCAAGAAUAGAAUGAACGAGAAUGACCGUGGCUCUAAAGAUUUCCUUUCACUUAUACUCAGAGCAAGAGAGUCAGAGACAGCUGCAAAGAAUGUCUUCACACCAGAUUAUAUCAGUGCAGUAACUUAUGAGCACCUAUUGGCUGGAUCAGCAACUACAUCAUUUACAUUAUCUAGUAUUAUUUAUCUGGUUGCUUGUCAUCCAGAAGUUGAGAAAAAGGUGUUAGAAGAGAUUGAUGCAUUUGGUCCUCAUGAUCAGAUGCCUACAGCCCAUGAUCUUCAACACAAGUUUCCGUAUCUUGAUCAGGUGAUUAAAGAAUCAAUGAGGUUCUACACCGUCUCUCCCUUAGUCGCCAGAGAAACAUCAGCAGAAGUUACUAUUGGAGGUUAUGUCCUCCCAAAGCCUUUUGAGGGACUCAUUCUCUUGCAGGGGACAUGGGUGUGGUUGGCUCUUGGAGUUCUAGCAAAAGAUCCAAAACAUUUCCCUGAACCAGAGAAGUUCAGACCAGAGAGGUUUGAUUCAAAUGGUGAGGAGGAAAAAAGAAGGCAUCCUUAUGCCAACAUUCCAUUUGGAAUAGGGCCUCGAGCAUGCAUUGGACAGAAAUUCUCCUUGCAGGAACUUAAACUUUCUAUGAUUCAUCUAUACAGAAAAUAUGUAUUCCGGCAUUCUCCACAGAUGGAAAAUCCUUUAGAAUUUGACUAUGGCAUAGUACUUAACUUCAAACAUGGAGUAAAGGUUCAAGCCAUAAAACGUGCAUAGAAGUUGUGAAAACAGAUGUUUGCAUCACCUCAAAUAAUAAAAGGUGUAGUUUCAAAGAACAUUGAUGAUACGUUCUACUAA